AUGAAAGUUUAUAAUCUAGUGCUUGCGUUCCUUCCAAUACUUUUAUCCACAACUUCGCUUGUCUUUUGCGACAAGUCGGCACAACAAUACUUUGACGAAGGAAACGAAUUUUUUGCAGACCAAAAGUAUGAGGAAGCUGUGAAAAGUUUUGUUGCAGCCAUUAAUCAAAAUCCAAAUGAGUACUUAUACUAUUUCAAGUGUGCUUUAACGUAUUUAGCAUUGGAAAGAAGCUCUUCUGCUCUUCAAGACUUUAGUACAAUAUUACAAUUGAAACCUGAUUUUGACAAGGCAUUAUUACAACGUGCUAAAAUAUACGUAAAAGAAGGAUCAUUAACUGAAGCUAAAUCUGACUUGCAAAAAUACCUGCAAAAAAAUGAGUACGAUACUGAAGGUCAAAAAUUGCUUGUAUCAAUUAGUUCUGCAGAAAAAUAUAUAAAAACAGCUGAUGAAGCUAUUAAUUCUGGGAAUUAUGAUAUAUGUAUAGAAAAUAUUCUCAAUGUGAUAAAAAUUUCGCCAUAUUCUACACGCUUAAGAUUAACUAGAGCUGAUUGUCAUUUGGCCAAGGGAGAAGUAGAAGAGGGGGUUAGGGAUUUAUCUUCUGCUUCACAAUUGAAGCCAGGUGAUCCAGAACUUUUGACUCGUCUAUGUUUACUUAAUUAUUUUUCUUUGUAUAAUCCGGAACAAGCGUCUCAAAACCUUAAACAGUGCCUUCGUUAUGAUCCCGAGAAUAAAGAAUGUAAAAUACUUCAUAGAUUUAUUAAAAAGAUUGAAAAAGAGGUAGAAAGAGUCAUAAAUGAUAUUGAUGGGCAUAGAUGGAAGAAGGCAAUAAGCAAGUUGCUCGAACAACCUAAUAAAGAACAAUCUAAUAAAGAAUCAACUAAUAAAGGUCUUAUAAAUGAAAUUGAAGAAGAGCUCCAGACUUUGAAUGAAGGUCGUCAACGAAACGAGUUGUUAGUGAAAUUAUACGGAUGGACAUGCAAAGCAUAUAAAGAAUUGAAAGAUGUUAAAAAUUCGUUGAAAUGGUGUGAUAAAACUUUGAAAUUAGACGAAAAUAAUGUAGAAGCACUAAUUAAUCGAGCAGAAAUAUUAAUUGAAGAAGAAGAUUAUGAAGGAGCAUUAAAUGAUUACAAAAAGGCUCAUGAUUUGACACAAGGAUUGGAUAAUCGUACUAAACAAGGUUACCAAAAGGCUGAUCGCCUGCUUAAACAAUCUAAGAAAAAAGAUUAUUACAAAAUUUUGGGCGUUUCAAGGAAAGCCGACAAGAAAGAGAUCAAAAAAGCAUAUCGAAAACUGGCACAAGAAUGGCAUCCUGAUAAAUAUAAAGGUGAUUUAUCUCAGGAUCAGGUUGCCAAGAAAAUGAGUGCUAUAAAUGAAGCUUAUGAAGUCUUGAGUUAUGAUGAACUGCGGGCAAGAUUUGAUAAUGGGGAAGAUCCAAACGAUCCAAACAGUGGAGGUUCACCGUUCUUCUAUUCAGACAAUAAUCCAUUCAUGACGCAAUUUAACGGGUUUCCAUUUAGUGGAUUUCCAUUUAGCAGCGGUGGCGAAAGUAGUGAAGGACAAUAUCAAUUCCAUUUUAAUUUUCCUUAA